AUGUCAAAACAGGACUCGAGCCAGUCGCACGACUAUAAAUCACAUCUCCUCUCCAUCCUCAUUUCCAGUAAAGUCCUCUCGUUCGGCUCUUACGUUCUCAAAUCAGGCCGAAAAUCGCCCUACUUCUUCACCACUACCCUCCUACAUACCGCGCCGCUACUGCAUGCCACAGCUUCCGCCUGCGCUUCAGUAUUAUCUAGCUCACCAUUCGUCUCCAGUCAGGAAGGCCAAGCCGCUGCCCCCAAUUUUGAUAUCAUUUUCGGACCCGCGUACAAAGGUAUACCCCUCUGCACCGCUGUUCUGAACGAGCUAGGUGUCCGGGAUACCCAGGGUGUGUGGAACAAUGUCAGCUACUCUUUUAACCGAAAAGAAGCCAAGAACCACGGUGAAGGGGGGAAUAUCGUUGGAGCUCCUCUAAAGGGCAAACGGAUAGUCAUUAUAGAUGAUGUUAUCACCGCCGGAACUGCCUUGAGAGAAGCUGUUGCCAUUAUUGAGAAAGAAGGAGGCAUUGUGGUUGGUGUGCUGGUCUUACUGGAUAGGCAGGAGAGGGUCAGUGAUACUGAAACUAAAAGUGCGGUUGGUGCUGCGCAGAGGGACCUGGGAGACUCGAUCCCUGUGCGUGCGGUGCUGGGGCUGAACGAUAUCAUUGAAAAGCUCGGUGACGAUAUUGGGAAAGAGAACUUGAAGAAUCUCCUUGAAUACAGGGCUAAAUAUGGCGCUGAAUAG